ACGAGGGCUUUGCUGAAUAUUACCAUGAACAACGCAGUUCGGGAAGUGAUGUGUAUGGAAAACAGCACACUGGCGAACGUUUUGCAGAAACAAUCUGACGCUAUUUUACUACUGGACUGUCGACCAUUUUUAGCGUACAACUCUCAUCACAUCGCAAAAUCACAGAACAUACACUGUCCGACUAUACUUAAGCGGCGCUCAAAAGGUACUGUGUCUUUGGAAAACAUUGUAACAUGUGAAGAGAGUCGAACGAAAUUACUGAAUGGUGUCUACAAAUCGGUGGUAGCGUAUGACCAGCAUACUAGUACAUGCGAAUAUGAUCACAUCCCUAAAGACUGUGAUAUGGAGUUGAUACUACACAGCUUACUACAAGACCCACUAGUUUCAGCCGACUUAUAUUUCCUGAGAGGUGGUUUCGACAAGUUUUCAAUGGAUUUCUCUUCACUCUGCGUUGGUCAAGAAUGCGAAAUAGCUUCUGCCGUUCCCAUGGAAAUAAUCCCAACAACGUCUCUGGCAAAGGACUGCUACUCUGACCCGAUUUUCGACCAAGGCCAGCCAGUCGAGAUCUUGCCUUUUAUUUAUCUGGGCAGUUCCUAUCACUCAUCGCGAAAGGAUAUGUUGGACGCACUCGGAAUUACAUCGCUCUUGAAUGUAUCAACGACAUGCCCGAACUAUUUUCCAGACGAUUAUACUUAUAAACGUAUACCUGUGGACGAUAAUAGUAGUGCCAAUAUCAGUGCUUGGUUCCUAUAUGCAACUGAUUUCAUCGACUCUGUAAAAGUAUCCGAUGGAAGAGUGUUGGUCCACUGUCAGGCGGGUAUCAGUCGAUCAGCCACUAUCUGUCUAGCCUACCUGAUGAGGGCGCUCCACUACAGACUUGACGAAGCUUUUGAGUUUGUCAAAAGUCGACGUCGACUCAUUUCACCAAAUUUUAACUUCAUGAGCCAGCUACUGAAAUUCGAGUCUGAGACUCUCCCACCAAUGACAUCGCGUGAUAUGCAAAGCACGUCAACUGAAAUAUAUUCCAAAUCACCUCAGAAAAUCGCUGUGACGUCACCACCACCUACAUCAUCCUCUGCAUCUCCAUUGCUACGGCAACGAAGACGUUCGACUGGCGCUACCCAAUCGCCAAUGAGGAAAUCAAGGCGAAAAUCCACCGAAGAUAAAGAAAAUCAUUCCAUAUGACAUGCCCAGUAUCGGCCUUUGCCGAUUUUCUGAUCUGAGUUUUGUUCGGUCGGGUUUACCGAUCAGUUUAACGAAACCCAACGACCUUCAGUUAAAGGGAGUGUUUCAAAGAGUAGAAAUAA